AUGGCGUCGGGCAGCUCCAUGCCCUUCUCUUCCCUCCACCCCGUACCCACAGGCGAUCGCAAACCAAAGAGCCUCGGCGAGUUCAUUGCCCGCGUACAGGCGGAGCGCGGCUUCCGAAACGUCACCGAGGAAAGUCUAAAGGAGGAGGUCGAGAAUAAGAAAAAUGGCGUCGGCGAGGUGAAGGAGGAAGACACGACAAUGGCCGAGGGAGACGAGGAGGACGAGGAACCACCAGAUGCCGGCGCCGCGAGGAUGGAAGUGCUGAGGAAUAUUGAUACCGCGCAAAACGCGGCUUUAAUGACUCUCGACUUCGUCUCAUUAUUACUCUCGAAAGAAAGCCCUGCUCAGGCAGGUGUCACACUCUCUCAGCAAUUGCGCGACUGGACCGGCAUAGGAACCCUCGGUAUUGCGAAGCGCGAAGACAACGAAGAACAGAAGCAAAGGGAUGCCGAGAAGGCAAAGGACAACCGCGACGUGUCUCUGGGUUUGGCUUUGCUCGACAUCGAAAAGACAAAGGAGUCGGCCGACAAAGCGGCAACCCACUUGACAUCACCUGAAUUCAGGAAUAGCAGUCUCGCGCCAUUGCGACGCGGAGAUGACGGCUCGGCGCUUCUCCAGCACGGCCGCGUCGGUUCCGGCUGUCAACGCCUCGCCAUCACCGUAAGCAGAUCGGGCGAGCCGAGCGGCCGUCUUGCUGUUGGGGCCUCCGUACCCGACUCGGCCUUGCUACCAGAUCGCGUCCUCGAAGCCCGCAAUACCAUCUUUGCACAAGAGCUCUGGCAUGAGCUUCAUCGUGAAGCACACUCCCUCGCCUCGUACGGGGUCCGCGCGGAUAACAACUCCAUCAACUUCCACCCCAGCUCAGGACCAAGUUUGACGCUGGAGCUCGAAACUCUGGAGGAUAGCGCCGCCACCGUCGGCGCAUCGCCCGACAACGUCCUUGCCGAAGCAACACAUCUCGGUCUACACAUCCUCCUCAGCCACGCUCAUCGCCUAAACGAGCUACAACGACUGCGGCCAACGCCCCCUCACCAACGUCGAAACCAAACACAAAACCAGUAUCACCUCCUCAGACCCAUCAUCGCCAAGAUUCUCUACGACCGCUCCGUCGAGCAAGUCACCAGUUUCGCCGGCGACCUCACCCGCGUGCUACGACAAGCCGGCGUCGACGCCGCCUCCUUCACCCUCAACACCCCUCCCUUCCCGACGGCCGAGCUGAAAAACACGUCGGGCGGUGCCUCCAACCGGCCCAACGCCUCACAAGCACUCACAAACAUGCUCACAUCCCCGGCAGACUUCCAGAUCGAGCUGACCCUGACCCCGACCUCUCGCCUCCAGAUCCGCGGCCGCACAUUCCUUCUCCCACUGACAACAACACAAUUCCAACUCCAACUUCUUCCCAACGUUGCAGCAGCGACAGCAGCAGUAAGAAGCGAACCGUCAAACGGCGAGCAACCACCCGCGCCGCCGCCAAACACCCUGCAAUCCUCCUACCCUCCCUCUCGCGACCCGUACCCAGACAUCGCCUCCGUCCAGCUCUACAUCACAAACGCAGCGGCCCACGCACUCACAGACCAUGCAAUGUCCCUUAUCCCCCCGCCGCAGCAGCCGUCCAACCCGUCUACGCCCCCUUCGGAACCCGCCCCGGCGGAGUGGAUCAAGUCCGUCCGCGGUACCGCCAUCCGCGACAUCGACACGGAAACGCGCGAGAUCCGCUUCGAUAUCCUCAACAGCGGCCCCGAGAGCCGGCCAACGCUGCAGAUUGGCACCGCCUGGCGCGCGGGAGAUAAGCCUCUCCUGCAGCGCUGGUCUUGGGCGGCUGGUGGCGACCCGUCGUUAUCGUCGUCGCAGCCUCAUGUCAGUGACAUCGUCGCCGCUGUUGUCCAGUCCAGAGAGGUUUAG